AUGGAGCAGGCGGGCAGCAUCCAGCUGGACAUCCCAGACUUCAGUAACUCGGUUCUGACCCAUCUGAACCAGCUGCGUGUGCAAGGCCGGCUCUGUGACAUUGUGGUCAAUGUUCAGGGUCAGAGUUUCAGGGCCCAUAAAGUGGUUCUGGCUGCCAGCUCGCCUUACUUUCGAGACCACAUGUCGCUGAGCCAGAUGAGCACCGUGUCCCUGACCGUGAUCCGAAACCCAUCUGUGUUUGAGCAGCUUCUUUCCUUCUGCUACACGGGCCGCCUGUGUCUGCAGCUGGCUGACAUCAUCAGCUACCUGACUGCUGCAAGCUUCCUGCAGAUGCAGCACAUCAUCGACCGCUGCACGCAGAUCCUGGAGGGAAUCCACCUGAAGAUCAGCCUGGUAGACCUGGAGGAGGAGUUGGGGGGCGCAGGCGGUCCCCGGGGGGCCGGGAAGAUGGCCGAGGCCGUAGUGAGAGGAGGAGGAGGCGGAAGGCUGCUUGGCCCACGGAGAGGCUCCUCUGGUGGAGGGGUGGAGGGGGCCAGCCCUGCAUUGGAGCCCCUGAGCCCUCAGAGAGGGGAGCAGAGCCGAAUGGGGAAGGAGCCCAUCUUGCGGAUAAACCGGGCUGGACAGUGGUACGUGGAGACCAGUGCCGAAGCAGAGCGGACCCAGAGCGCCGAGGAGGCGAUGGUUGACGGGGUUCGGAUAAAGACGGAAAGGAUAGAAGACUGGAUUGGUGCAGACCAGGAAGAAGAAGGUGCCACAGAAGAGGAGGGGCCAACUAUGAUGAUUGACACAACAGGACACAGCUCUCUGGUGCAGGAGGGACUUGUCACUGGGCCCUCAGGGGCAUCCGGUGCCAAGAACCUCCAGCCUUCAAGCAGCUUCAGUGAGAUAGACAGGUUUAGUCCUACAGGUAGUGUUGUGGUUUUAGCAGAGCGACAAAGGGCCAAGAGUGAGUCUCCGGGCAGAGUGGACGACCAGCGGCAGCCCAGCUCCCAGGGGGAGGAGCAUGCAGCGUUCGACAUGGGUGGCUAUGAGGAGUAUCUGAGGGAGCAGGUGGGGGACCGAUGGUUCCGUUACAACCCUAGACUGACCUGCAUCUACUGCUGCAAAUCCUUCAACCAGAAGGGCAGUCUGGACCGACACAUGCGCCUUCACAUGGGCAUCACACCGUUCGUCUGCCGUAUAUGUGGCAAGAAGUACACCCGCAAAGACCAGCUGGAGUAUCACAUCCGCAAACACACCGGAAACAAGCCCUUCCACUGCCACGUCUGCGGGAAAAGCUUCCCCUUCCAGGCCAUCCUCAACCAGCACUUCCGAAAAAACCACCCAGGCUGUGCCCCCCAGGAAGUGGCCCACAGCGCCUCCCCUGAGACAACCACUGUCUCUGUCACAUCCAAGGGAGGCCAGAAUGAUGAAGCCUCCCCCAGUCAGGAGGAGCCUGAAGGCAGCAGUGCUGGGGGUGUGGGUGGGGGCUUUUCCGAAGGGCCCCAGGCUUCGGUGUCCACGACAGGGCCGGACUGA